AUGUCGAUGUCGUUUGGAGCGAACUUGCUGCGCACAUUUCGUGUGCUUGGCAUUGGCAUUUUUGUCCUCAUAACCUUCAAGUUCAUGUUCUCCAAGCAAAUUCUUGAUUGCGACACUGCACGCCCUCCCAUGCUGACGACUUCGUCUUUACCUUUGAAGACCCAGGAGCCUUUCCACUUUGAAGGCUUCACGCCCGUGUCUGUGUCAUUGGGAGCAAACCCAGCGGUAUUGGACCGGGCAAUGAAGGCGCCCGGUUGCCAGUUGCCGCUGUUGUGCGCGUGGUCCGUGGCAACCCAGGUGCGGGACGAAGAGUUUUUGAAAACUACUGCCACGUAUCAUUUGUUUUUGAGAAAGCAAGGGGACCAAAAAGCUCUAGACACUGGCGGAUCAAAUUUUCAGCACGGACCUGUUGGAGAGCAAGGCUUGGAAGUAAUGCGGGAUAGACUCAACGAUCUGUAUGAAGAGAAGAAGCUGGCAGAUUUGAGCCUUCCUUUAUUGAGUAUUCCCAGCAAUAUUCAUGUAAUUCCAAUGGGUGCAGAGCCAUAUUUUCGACGAACGUUGCGAGAUGCAGACAUGGUACUGGAAGGCUUGUGGCUAGCAGGCGUCAUUCCACAUCAUGGUUCCUGGCUUGACUUUGGAGGAUCUCAUGGUCGUGUAACGCGAGUGCUGGCCUCUGCAUUCCCACAAGCUGAAUGGCAUUGCAGUGAUCCCAUUCUUGAUUCCAUUGACUGGGGGAAGAGCAACAUCCAGAAUGUCCAUUUUCACCAGAGCGAACAGGAUCCACCUAUGUCUGGGUUCAGCAGUGGCCAGCUGGACGGGGUGUAUGCCAUCUCGAUUUGGAGCCACUACAGCGAAGAAUCUGCUCUGGCCUGGUUUCAUGAAAUGCACCGGAUUUUGAAACCCGGAGGCAUCCUGUGGUUCUCCACGCACGGCUUCCAAUCGAUCAAUUAUGGUAGUUUGGACGGCGCAGUUCAAAAAAGCCACCGUGAAGAAAUGCUGGCAGCCUUGUAUUUGACCGGUUUCUUCUAUUUUCCAAUGUUCGGUGCCAAAGGUGACUGGCACCUGUCAGACGGCGCUCAAGGGACCAAAUGGGGAUUUGCAGCCAUGACUACAGAAUGGCUUGCUGCCCGGCUGCUCAAUGUUGACAGGCGCUGGACGCUCUUGUAUUUCGGUCCGGGGCGAAAUGAAAAGAACCAGGAUGUCUAUGUCCUACGACGUACAUGAUUUGAUCGUGUAACGCAAGCGGCUGCAGAU